AUGAACAUUUGGGAGGUGACCCUGGCUUUCGUGGUGGUGGUGCUCAUGCUCGUGUCCCUGCUGUCCAACGUGCUGGUGCUGAUCUGCUUCCUGUACAGCGCCGACAUCCGCAAGCAGGUGCCGGGCUUGUUCAUCCUCAACCUGACGCUGUGCAACCUGUUGAUGACUGUGUCGAGCAUGCCCCUGACCUUGGCUGGGAUCAUUUACGAGAGGCAACCGGGAGGCGAUGAGGUUUGCCAYGUGGUGGGCUUCUUGGAGACUUUCCUGACCACCAACUCCAUGCUGAGCAUGGCAGCUCUGAGCAUUGACAGGUGGAUUGCUGUGGUCUUCCCUCUCAGUUAUCACUCCAAGAUGAGGUACAGAGAUGCUGCGCUCAUACUGAGCUACACGUGGUUGCACUCGGUGUCAUUCCCGAUAGUGGCAGCUUCUCUGUCCUGGGUGGGUUUCCAUCACCUCUAUGCCUCCUGCACCCUGUACAACAAGAGACCAGAGGAGAGGACACAGUUUGUGAUUUUCACGGGGGUCUUCCACACCCUCAGCUUCCUCCUCUCCCUCGUAGUGCUGUGUUUCACAUAUCUAAAAGUGCUGAAGGUGGCACGGUUCCACUGUAAACGGAUUGACGUGAUCACUAUGCAGACCCUGGUGCUGCUCGUGGACAUACACCCCAGCGUAAGAGAGCGUUGUCUAGAGGAACAGAAGAGACGGAGGCAAAGAGCAACGAAGAAAAUUAGUACCUUUAUUGGGACUUUUAUACUUUGCUUUGCACCUUACGUUAUUACAAGACUCAUUGAGUUAUCCUCCGUGGUCCCCAUCAGCUCCCACUGGGGAAUCAUUUCCAAGUGCUUAGCUUACAGCAAAGUCGUCUCAGACCCUUUUGUGUACUCCUUGCUCCGACACCAGUACAAGAAGACAUGGAAGGACAUCAUAAACCGGAUCCUCAAGCGAAGCUCCAUCAACUCCUCCGCCCUGGCAAGCGAGCCCCCAAACCGCAAUAUCCUGCAGCUGAACGAGUGA